AAGAAGUUCAAACGUGUUUCUGCAAGACAGGUUGUCACUGUCAGUAAGCAAGUGCAUUAUUUAGUUUUAAAUGGCCUGUUACAACAAGGCGAUAUUAUAGUUGUUAAGUUAUUAUGGACUGUUUAUUGGAUAUUUAAAUUAUACACAAUCGCCAUUAUGAGUCGUAAGAGAGGAACCGUGUUAUACGCCGAAGAAAUGAUCAUCAAUGAAAGGCUUUCUACCAAAAAGGAAUUGGCAUAUAAGGGAAAGCAACCGUCGUGCCCUGUUCCACUUAAAGUGAGAAAGAAUCUGAGGUCUACUCAUACUGCGAAAAAGCCAACACCAUUCUGUUUCAACAACAAUGUGACACUAAGCCCAAUUUAUAAUCCGGACCAACGACAGUCAUAUCUAGACCAAGUUUUUUCGAAGCUGGGAUGUAUGGGAGAAGGAAGCUUUGGAAAAGUAUUUCGAGUGAAAAGCAAAGAAGAUAAAAAGCUUUAUGCUGUAAAACGACUAAAGUCCCAUGUCAGCUUUAAUGAUCGCUGUGCUGAAGUGAAAAAUAACGAGAUGCUGGGCUUUAGUCCACACUGUGUGCAAUAUUUUAUGGCAUGGGAAGAAAACUUUUACACUUUUAUGCUAUUGGAGUGCUGCGAUAUGUCACUAGCCGAUUACUCAAAGCUGAACAAUAAUAUUCACGAAGAUUUAUUAUGGAAUGUUUUGCAUGACAUCUGCAAAGCGUUAAAUUUUCUGCACACAAAACAUUUUCUUCACUUGGACGUUAAGCCAGGAAAUAUCAUGAUGAAGAAAGGCGUAUUUAAGUUGGGAGAUUUUGGACUGUUGGUCAACUUAAAAUUGAACGACGAAGUUCAUAAAUCGACUCUAUCAGAUGGCGAUUCAAAAUACUUAGCACUCGAAGUACUAGAUGGGGUCUACACUUCAGCCUGUGAUAUUUUCGGUCUGGGUAUCACAGUUUUGGAACUUGCAACGGAUUUCGAAUUGCCUGAACAUGGUCUCUUGUGGCGUCAAUUAAGAUACGGCGAUCUACCUUUACUGUUCUAUGAAAAAGUAACAUGUGACUUAUCAAUCAUCGUCCAAAACAUGAUUUCAAUCGAGUACAAGGAGCGGCCAACAGCAGUAGAACUCCUCAACUUACCUAAACUGUUGAGCAUCUCUAAACACGACCUCAAGUCUCCAAGAGUGGAUUUUGCUGCAUCAUUUGUGAGAUCGGAGGAUUCGAAUGAUAAUAUUCCUCUGUCGCCGAUUCACAUGAAUGAGAAUAAUAACGCCAAUAUUUCUACGCCGCCUUAUAAUGGUUGCAGUACUCCGUAUAGAGAUGACGAUGACGAUGAUGAUCUCUAUGACUGUGCAAGCGAAUAUGAUCAAGAUAGCAGUAUUAGAUCGCUGCAUCGGAAAUCCUUGUUCAAUCAAUUAAACGAAUCAUUCAGUCCAACUACUAACUUAUCAUUGAGGCAGAGCCCUGCUGCUGAAGUCGAAAACAAUGUUUUAGCAGAGAUGCUAUAUUACUCCGGAAUGGAGUGUGAUAACAGUGAGUCGUCGAGUUCGAACUCAUCUAAUAAUGAAAACACUAAUCCGUUUAUGCCACUAAGGGUUUCCACUCCAGUUCUGGCGUCUAAAUUAAACAGGGGCAUUCCGAAAACCAAACUAAAUUUUGAGUAGUUAUAGUGGUUUUUUACAUUUAUGUACUUAUGUUUAUGUUUAUUAACACUCUUCCGUGGUUUAGGUAGGUGCUAGAACUGGUUUCUCGGAAAUAUAUAGAUUUUAUUUUUUCUGGAUUACUGUUGAAAUCCAAGUUUCCUCGUUUCCGUCUAAUGCCGAGCAUGGGCCUAAAGAUUACGUAUUGUUCCAAGUUGAUUUGGUGUAUAUGACAUGAUUUUUUUAUAAUACUGUGCUCACCAAAACUAUAAGCUGUUAUUUGAAUUUAACUAAACAUUUUUUGUUAUUAACUUGAAUUCACAUACUACAAAAUGUGCACAAGGCUAAUUUUAUUUCUCAUCAGUCAAUCAAUGAGGGCAAUUCCUAAGUUGGAAUUAAUUAUUUGCCAGAUAUUGUUCACUAGUCUAAAUUGUUUUUAUUCAGUUAUAAAUUUUAGAAUACUGUAGCCAAACAGGUUUUUUACAAUUACUGCAAGUUGUUUAAAUUCGAGUUAAGUUAUUCGUCUUCUCUACACUAACUUAAUAAGCUUUCAUAAUCAUUAUAACGUAUAAUUCACGAGCUUGAACCUGAAACAAUUAUUCUCAUUUAAACUUUUCGAAAAACUUGUUUUCAUAUAAAAAAGGAGCUUUUCGAAGAGAUAAAUUACAGUUAAAAUUGAUACUGAUCAAAUAUUAUAACAUUUUUGGUGAGACAGUGAACAAUGUGAUUUUUCUAAAGUCAAGUUAUGAAACACCUCAUAUCAUAUUAGAUAAGCUCUAAACAGUUAGUGAAAGUUACCUGUCAAAAAUCGUUAUAUUUUUGUAACAGUAAGGUGUAAAAAUUUGCGAUUCUUUGUGCACCGCAACUUUGGUGACUCCAAUAAAAAAAUGUGCAAUAAAUAGCUUAAAAUUUAAUCUAAGAAAACUGGAUAUUGUAUUGCAAAACAUUGUAGGCAAAACGUUUUUUUUUCUCGUUCGAGAACUAUCCAUAUCCAAUAUUUAAAAUAAACUAAUUCUAUAAAUGCAGUUUCUAAUAAAAAUCAAAACUUAUUUAAGUAUCACGCUAAAAGUUACUUUUGUAAGAACCGAAUGCAGAUAUUCAAACGCCUGUUUCUAAGACCGCGAAUUUUAUUCUUUUUACGAAAAUGUCAUCUUGAACAAUUUAUAGUAGAUUUUUUACUUAAACACAAAAAUUUAAUGGUGCUUUUAUUUAGUCACUGACACUGUACCGGCUCUUUUUUGCAAGGUGUAAACAUAGUUUUAAACAUAAAUGUGGCUUUUAUGUAGGUUUAAGAUUUAUCUAUUGCUUAUUUUUUAAUCCUGGAUACUCAUAGAAUAGAUUUUUUGUUUAUUAAAGGCUCUAUCUAUACAGGGUAAAAUACCGUUAAAGAAUUUACCGCCAACAAAAGAAAAUCAAUCCAAGCAGCCCUGCAUUUUGUUGCAUAGUUAUAUUUACUUAUUUAAAAUGUGUUGUUCUAUUUUAAUCAAAUAUACCUAAACUUAUUACAUUCCAGAACAACAUUUUCAAAUCACCUAAGCUAAAGUUUUUGGUAUGUUGAUUUUCUUUUGAUGCCAAAACUAACUUUUAACUUCGAAUUAUAUAUAUAAAAGAGAAAUUGUUGGUUCCUAAUAACCAUCAUCUGUGAUGAUAUACAUAAUUUUUUAAGUUUAUUUUGUUUUGCAAUAUAAACGUGGUAGCUUAGCUAUUAAUCACCACUGUCAAUUUCAUCUAGGUUUAAGACGGUUUUCGAAUAUUUGUUACUUCGCACUUAUUUAUUUCUCAUUUAGUGUUUGUUCUUAUUUCGGCUACUGUAUAUUUUUCUGUGGUGGUUUUGUGAUUUAGUUUAUAAUCAUUUGUUCUGGAGAGUUUAUUUGUGUUAUUCAUAACAUUUUAGUCUUGUAAGUUAUUAAAAUUGUUUUUUGGUAAAAAAAAGAACAUUUAUUUAUUA